AUGGCAACGCGUGGACGAGCCCGCCGACAGAAAAUUUCCAGUGAGGAGGAGGAGGAGGAUGAGACAAAUAAGCGAUGUACGAACACAUCAAGGAACAGUGGGCGUGGAUCUCUCAGAAACAGGCCUCAAAUCUUGGAUGAUUCUGAGGAUGAAGACGUCGACGAUGAAGAAGAGUCAGGAAAGGAAAACCGCCAAUCUUCCUUACGUAAGACUGGCAGUCGCUCUAAAUCGUCGCAAAGGCCUGCUCGUAAAUCAACGAGAAAUCAGCGACAGAUCCCGAGCUCUCCCGAAGAAUCCGAAGACGGUGACGAAGAUACCUCGCGCAGUAGGAGUACUUUAAGCUCAUUAGAAGAGUCUGAAGAGAGUGGACAUGAUACUUCCAAGAGGCAAGCACUCAGAAACACGUCACAUGCAGCUAAUAAAACAAACAAAGUUACAGCGACGAGAAAGACUCAAGCACGGCGAGGAAACAAGAUUAAUGGAGAUGGAAAAGCUGAUAACACAAUGAAAAGCAAUAGCAAAGGAAACGAUGGGAAAGAAAAAGGAAAGAAGGGUGAACUUAGAAACAGUUCUGCAACCAAAGACGGGCAAAAGCAAGCCAGGAACACUGGAAAGACUGAAGUUUUACAUGAAGAAACCAAACGGCGACGUGUUAAUGUAGAGAUGGGUACCUGUGAACAAAUUGUACGGGAUCUCCUUCUUCAUGAAGAUAGCUGGCCAUUUACAGAAGCUGUGAAUUUGCGCGAGGUUCCAGACUAUUCGGAACUCAUAGCAACCCCCAUGGACCUGGGCACCAUUAAGGAAAAGCUCAAGACUUUACAGUACCCGGAUGUGGAUAGCUUUGUGUCAGAUGUGCGACUGGUGUUUACAAACAGCGACAAAUACAAUCUGAGUACCUCAGAUGUCGGACAGGCUGGCAAGAAUCUGGAGAAAUACUUUGACAAACUUUUUAAGGAGAAUUUCUCAAACACGGUCAAGAAAACCAAAGUCCAACGAAAGCGAUGAUCAAUUAGUUUUAUUUUGCUACUUUACCUUAGUUAUACUGAAAAUAAUCUCCGUGAACUGAAUCAAAUCAUAUGUUUCAGUUGUGUACCGAAUAAAUACAGGAAAUACAAAUGGCGUUAAAAAUGAUAGAAAGUGAACAAGAUACUGUAAUCGAAAAUUGUAAUCGUCCUCACUUGAGAUAAUCUAAUACAUUAAGUAAUGCACAGAGGACAGGAAAUUUUAGGAUAUCAUUUGUGCUAAAAGGUCGUUGACAAGUCUACCUUAGAGAACCACAAAUGUCUGUUAAUACGACACAUGAAAUAUCGUUAUAUUGUUGGGUUUUUUUAUCGAUUUGUUCUUGUUGUUUUUGUACUCAGAUUCUUCUGCUGAACUGAAUAAAGUUAUAAAAAGACGCAGAUGUUUCAAA